GGCCGGACAGGGCCCCUCCCCUGGGCUGCAGCCGGAUCCGCCUCUCUAUUCCCCAGAUAAAUUACUAGUGUCCUCACCAAAUUCCUCAGCUUUCUCUCUCACUCAAACACGGGCAAGAAGCGGGGGUGGGGCGGGGAUCCUCUCUUGCCUGCAAACCUAUCACACCCCAGGGCGAGGGGAAACGUCUUCUCAACCUGAGGUAUUCACCCAACGCCUGCCCCUGAGGAAGCUUUGAUCUUUGUGCAUCUCUCAGACCAUGUCCACUGGCUCGCUCAGCGAUGUGGAAGACCUUCAGGAGGUGGAAAUGCUGGAAUGCGAUGGCCUGAAAAUGGAUUCUAACAAAGAGUUUGGGACGUCGAACGAGAGCAACGAAGAGGGCUCCAAUUGCGAGAACGCGUCCCCCCAAAAGGGGAGAGGCGCCCCAGGCAAGAGGAAAAAGGCUCCCACCAAAAAGAGCCCUUUAAAUGGAGUGAGCCAAGAGGGGAAGCAAGUCCAGAGAAACGCUGCCAACGCCAGGGAGAGAGCGAGGAUGAGGGUACUCAGCAAAGCUUUCUCGAGGCUUAAGACCACUUUGCCCUGGGUACCUCCAGACACCAAGCUUUCCAAACUGGACACCUUGAGACUGGCAUCCAGCUACAUUGCUCACCUGAGACAGAUCCUGGCCAAUGACAAGUACGAAAAUGGUUACAUUCACCCAGUCAAUCUGACUUGGCCUUUUAUGGUGGCUGGCAAACCCGAGAGUGACCUGAAAGAAGUGGUGAACACAAAUCGCCUGUGUGGACCUACAGCAUCCUGACCAACCUCAAGCCUAGGAGACCAUCUUCAGUGUGUAAGGCGGGGGAAAUGGAGAGGGAAGCUGGAGACUCUUCCCCCCACCCCCAAGGAACACUUUAUAGAGACGAGGGGAUUCAUCCUCAGUAAAGAGGAGACCAAAUGUACAUUAGCAAAGACUCCACCCCAAAGAUCCCAUAUAUUUAACUUUAUUAACGCGUGUACAGUUGAUUGUCCUGCAAAGCAGCCUUGCUGGUUCAAGUGCUAAUAGCGAGGAAGAUCAAACAGAACGUACCAAUGUGUAUCUUUUGUAUGAUACAUUGUGACAUAUGUAGAUUCAUAGAAUAAUUGACUUUGAUAGUCACAUCUAUAAAGUAAUUCACGUUAAAGAUAUAUAGAUAUAUUUUCUUCAAACAGGUUGUGCUAUAUUUCUGUGAAUAAAUCUUCCUUUCUAUUGAAAAUAAA